AUGGCCACUUAUAUUGACAACGUUAAAGCCACAAUUGCAUUGCGUCGAUUCCUUGGGAAUACGUUUACCACCGCUCAUUACAACCUGUUGGCCGAACUGAUUGAAUCGCCUCUUUCACUUGUCGUCAACAAUCACCAAGGUGUCUUGUCAAGGGAACACAAUACUGAAAAUGAUCUUCCUCAGUUCUAUAUUCGGGUGCAAGAAUUGGACAGAAACGAACUUUUGGAUACAUUACCACUAUAUUCCAAGAACUUUCCAUCGGACAAAGAUUGGGUUACUGAAGUUAUCGGACAACUCGAACAAAAGCCGGGCUCUAUCUCCGUAUCACUGCUUUACGCUGGCGUUACGACUUCUACAACUGCCCAAAAAUGUGCAGAAGCGGACAGGUUACAAAGCAAGAGUGGUGGAACUCGCUUGCUCAACUGGUUCUCACUGACGACUGGAAGACAUCCCAGCGUAUUCACGAUUCAAAAAUUCAGGUUGCCGCCUGUCACUGACCGUGAACACUUUUAUACCCAAAUUGGAUAUAUCUAG